CCCGCAGGCCGCUCAGCCUUUCCUCCUGCUGCUGGCGCGCUGCCGUUGCGGACUGUAGGUCCCAAGUUCCGAGGCCUGGUGGUUGCGUCCUGGCCCGGAGGCCGCGGGUUCGAGUAGUCGCGUCUUCGCCGCGGCCCCGGAGCCCGUGCCCGUUCCGCGGGGCGGGACCGUGGCGGGCAGCGCCGUCCCGGCCCGCGCGGCGAAUCUGCCGCUGCGAAUCGGCGGGCUCGGCGGCGGCGGCCUCGCGAGAGUCUGGGCGGCGCGGACGCGGCUGCGGACGGGCCCGCGGACGGGCCCGGCGGACGCGCGGACCGGCGGGCUGACUGGGGCCGGGGCCGGCGGGCGGGGGCCCGGCCUGGAGCCGCCGGCAUGACUGGCCGCGUGUGCCGCGGCUGCGGCGGCACCGACAUCGAGCUGGACGCGGCGCGCGGCGACGCCGUGUGCACCGGCUGCGGCUCGGUGCUCGAGGACAACAUCAUCGUGUCCGAGGUGCAGUUCGUGGAGAACAGCGGCGGAGGCUCGUCGGCCGUGGGCCAGUUCGUGUCGCUGGACGGUGCUGGCAAAACCCCAACCCUGGGCGGCGGCUUCCACGUGAACCUGGGAAAGGAGUCAAGAGCACAGACCCUGCAGAACGGGAGGCGUCAGAUCCAUCACCUGGGGAACCAGCUGCAGCUGAACCAACACUGCCUGGACACAGCCUUCAACUUCUUCAAGAUGGCCGUGAGCAAGCACCUGACCCGUGGCCGGAAGAUGGCCCACGUGAUCGCGGCCUGCCUCUACCUGGUGUGCCGGACGGAAGGCACCCCGCACAUGCUCCUCGACCUCAGCGACCUGCUCCAGGUGAACGUUUACGUGCUGGGGAAGACGUUCCUUCUUUUGGCGAGAGAGCUCUGCAUCAACGCACCAGCAAUAGACCCCUGCCUGUACAUCCCGCGCUUCGCCCACCUGCUGGAGUUCGGUGACAAGAACCACGAGGUGUCCAUGACGGCCCUGAGGCUCCUGCAGAGGAUGAAGAGGGACUGGAUGCACACGGGCCGGCGCCCUUCGGGCCUCUGUGGGGCAGCACUUCUAGUUGCAGCCAGGAUGCACGAUUUCCGGAGAACCGUCAAAGAGGUCAUCAGCGUGGUCAAGGUGUGCGAAUCCACGCUGCGCAAGAGGCUCACGGAGUUUGAAGAUACCCCCACCAGUCAGCUGACUGUGGACGAGUUCAUGAAGGUCGACCUGGAAGAGGAGUGCGACCCCCCGUCGUACACAGCUGGGCAGAGGAAGCUGCGGAUGAAGCAGCUGGAACAGGUCCUGUCAAAACAGCUGGAGGAGGUGGAAGGUGAAAUAUCCAGCUAUCAGGACGCGAUUGAGAUUGAACUAGAAAACAGCCGGCCAAAGGCAAAGGGGGCCCUUGCCAGCCUGGCAAAAGAUGGCUCUGUUGAGGACACCACAUCCAGCUUAUUUGGUGAGGAGGACGCUGAGGAUGAAGAGCUGGAGGCCGCUGCCAGCCACCUGAACAAGGACUUUUACCAGGAGCUCCUUGGUGGAGGCAUUCCUGGCAGCUCGGAGGCGGCAGGAGGCCCUGAGGGAGGCGGUAGGCCCCCCGCCCUGGAGUCCCUGCUCGGCCCUCUGCCCACUGCGGCCAGUCUGGGCAUCUCGGACUCCAUCCGAGAGUGCAUCUCCUCCCAGAGCCGGGACCCCAAAGAUGCUUCCGGGGACGGUGAGCUAGACCUCAGCGGCAUUGAUGACCUCGAGAUUGACAGGUACAUCCUGAACGAGGCCGAAGCCCGCGUGAAGGCCGAGCUGUGGAUGCGGGAGAAUGCUGAGUACCUGCGGGAGCAGAGGGAGAAAGAAGCGAGAAUCGCGAAGGAGAGGGAGCUCGGCAUCUACAAGGAGCACAAGCCCAAGAAGUCUUGCAAGCGACGGGAGCCGAUCCAGGCUAGCACGGCUGGGGAGGCCAUCGAGAAGAUGCUGGAGCAGAAGAAGAUCUCCAGCAAGAUCAACUACAGCGUGCUCCGGGACCUCGACAGCAAGGGCGGGGGCAGCCCACACAGGGAGGACGCCCGGCCUCAGGAGAGGGCUGGCGCCAGGAAGCUGUCUCGGCGGAAAACGCCAGCCAGGAGGAGCGGGGCUGAUCCCGUGGCCAGCGUGGGGAAAAGGUUGAGGCCGAUGGUGUCGACGCAGCCAGCUAAGAAGGUGGCCGUGGGAGAGCAGGCCUUGCUCCCGAGUCCCCCCUCCCUGGAAGCCGAGCCCGUCAGGCCCACAGCGGUCGUGGUGGAGAGUGGGCCAGUGUCGUACCACCCAGAGGAGGACGCGGACGAGGAGGACCCCGACGAGGAAGAUGGGGAGCCCUGUGUCAGCGCCCUGCAGAUGGUGGGCGGCGACGGUGAGCGGCCUCCGCAAGCGCAAGCGGCCGGGGCGGGGCGUGGGCUCCCGGAGGAGGCACAGGCCCCUGCCUGCAGAUGGUGGGCGGCGACGAUUACGGCUGUGAUGGCGACGAUGACGAUGGCUACUGAGGCGUGACCUUGCUGCCGGCAGUGUCCUGAGGGGUCAGAUGGGCCUCUGGGGCCAGCUCACAGGCGUGAGCGCCGAGACUUGGUGACAAGAUGGGUGCUGGCCCGCCUGCCCUGCUGCCCUCUUCCACAGCCACACGCGGCCUCUGUGGCACUUGCUGUUCGCUGCGACCGUGUUUUGAGCAACGUGAGGAGUGUUUCUGCCCAGCAAGGGGAGCCGGACCAGCUGUCUGUAUCCGGUCAGAGGUGGGUCUCACGGCCCAAGAACCCUUGCAGGCGGCAAUGUCGUGUCCCACGGAAGGAAACUAAGGCACGGGGAGCCCCAGCCGCUUGUCCAAGUGCGCGGAGGGCUGGGCGGGCUCCAGGACCCUCCUCGCCUGUGUGGAGCUGGCUUCCCUGCGCCCCUCACCUCCUUGCCAUGUCUGAGAAGCACUUUGUGUCCCGCUGGUCCAGAAUUGAUUGUGUAUCUCCAGCCGAAGUCCCCAGCCAGGCGCUCACAUCUCCCUGCCACUGCCUGGGCCCUGGGGACCCCACAGAUCUGCACCCAAGAGCCUAGAGGCUGCUUGGCCAGCUGGCAUCACUCGGCAGACACGUGCACAGCCACCGCGGGUAGCCUGCGUGGCCGCCUGGGUGAGGGAGCCAGAAGUGCUUCCUGUCUGAGCUGCGAUCAGGCUCGCCGUCCACAGAGGCAUAGCCGGCAGAGGGGCCUCGAGCUUGGCAGCCCUGCUCUGGGUGGUUCCUGCCACCCAGAGCCUCCCGGGCCAGGCCUCCUCAUUGGAAGGCCCAGGGACCACUCUUGGUCUGGGCUUGGGCACCGCUUACCUGGAGGUGUCCUUGGGGGGAGGGCAGACCCCUCCUAGAGUGCACCCUCCCGGAGUGCAUCAGAGUUUGCGGGGGUGGGGGGUGGAUUUUGAGGCCGUUGGCUGUGCCCCUCGGCCUGUACCAUUGCAGCCAGCCUGGACUCCAGGGCUCCUGCAAGGCUGGAGUGGAGGGUUGGCUUGGUGAAACAGAAAGAUCGUUCCUUAAGCAGAAA